GGACUACACUAUCACAUGCUCGAUCAAACCAGAUUCCACUCAGCUCCCGUCGCUGGUUUUUCCUUGAUGUGCUGCAAAGUAAACUGAUGAAUUCUUGACUUUAUUCGAAAUCAACAGCUGGGUUCGGUUUUUGGAUCCGAUGAAAUUCGCGGGCUGUGAUUGAAUCUGUUCAUCGUGGUGUGCGUAUGUGGAUUUUUUUCCGUAUGAGUUUUUUGUGGUUGAGCUAGGUUUUAUGAUAGUGAUGGCUUUGCAAGGGGGGAGUAAUCCGUUGGAUUCAUUUUUUCACUCUGUUCAUGUCGUGGUUAGCUAUCCACUUGAGUCGAAUUUCAGGAAAUUUGCCAUGGAUUUCAAGAAUUGCUUUGAUGGGGUCUUGAAAAAUGGUGAUUUUGAGCAGUUGAAUGUGAAGAAUAAGAAGAAGAAGAAAAGGAGGAGUGGUCAAGAUGCAGUCUUUUAUGAUGAAGAUGGCGAAAAGGGGAGCUUUCGAGUCAGUGCAGUUCUUGGAAAUUAUUAUACUGAAAAACGUGGGAACAAUGAGCAUGAUAAUUUUAGCUUUUUCCAUGAUUGGGCAGGCAAAUUAGAUAGUUUAUGCAACAAUGGUGAAAUUAGGCCAAAGGGUUUGUCGAUUGAACACCUGAAAAGGUUGAUCUUUGAUCAACUGGGUCGUUUUCCAAUGUUCAAAGUGGGUGUUCAAGCUCAUGAGUUUAAGGACACUUGUUAUGACGGCUCGAUCUCGCUUGAUAACCAGUUUGAGCAGACACUGUGUAGCGGUUUAUGGGACAAGGAAGAUGUUUUUGGUGGGUUCUUAACGAAUUUGAAGUUUGCAAAAGUUGGAGGUGUUCAAUCGAGUGCAGUUGAACAUGUGCCUUCUGUAAAGGAAAUUGGGGAAGAAGAAAGUUCUGUUGAUGAGGAGAAUGUUCGAGAAAAUGUGCUUCAAAAGAUGGCGAAAGGGAUGCUUAAUGUUCCUCUAUCCGAUUUCUUGAAAUACACUGAAGCUGAAGGCUGUGCUAUUCAAGGGCACAAUGAAUCAAGCAAAAGAUUCUUCCAGGAGCUGGACAGAGAUGUUGAUGGGAAAGUUACUCUGGAAGAUCUUGAAAUUGCUAUGGAAAAGAGAAAGUUGCCGAAGAGAUACGCUCAUGAUUUCUUACGGCGUACUAGGAGUCACUUGUUCUCUAAAUCUUUUGGCUGGAAAAAUUUCUUAUCUCUGUUGGAAAAGAAAGAGCCAAUCAUUCGUCGAGCUUACACGAGAUUGUAUUCAGGUGAGUGUAGUAAGCAAGAGAAAAAUGAAUUAUUGGCAUUAUUAGAAAAUGCAGGAUAUCCAGCCAGUGAAGAUAAUGGUGUUGCUAUAUCUUAUGGGCAAUUCCACAACUUUAUGCUUUUGCUCCCAUCUGAUCAAAUUCGAGAUGGCUCACGGAGCCUAAAGUCUUCUGUUGAAAUUCCUCGUGGCAGUGUUUUGAAAUCGGCAUUGGCCGGAGGGCUUUCUUGUGCAUUAUCCGCAUCUAUAAUGCACCCUGUUGACACAAUUAAGCUUCCUCAGUAUGGAGUCCAUGCAUUAUACAGAGGUUCCAUUCCAGCUAUCGUUGGGCAGUUUUCAAGCCACGGCUUAAGGACUGGAAUUUGUGAAGCAAGCAAGCUCGUGCUAAUCAAUGUUGCACCUGGACUUCCAUUAAUGCAGGUAGAAUCCAUGUCAUCGUUUUGCGGUACUUUUUUGGGGACGGCAAUGCGAAUUCCAUGCGAAGUACUUAAGCAAAGAUUGCAAGCCGGUUUAUUCGAAAAUGUGGGCCAAGCUAUUGCCGGGACAUGGCGGCAAGAUGGUGUCGGGGGCUUUUUCCGUGGCACUGCCGCCACUCUCUGCCGGGAGAUACCUUUCUACGUAGCUGGGAUGGGCCUAUAUGCCGAGUCCAAGAAGGUUGUCCAGCGGCUCAUAGGUCGGGAGCUGCAACCUUGGGAAACGGUGGCUGUUGGGGCUCUGUCGGGAGGCCUAACUGCCGUCUUAACAACUCCAAUCGACGUUAUAAAAACGAGGAUGAUGAUUGCCAGUCAAGGGCAAACGGGAAAAGUAUCGUUUAUAGUGAUCUCGAUUUUGCGCCAAGAAGGGCCACUCGGGCUUUUCAAAGGGGCCGUGCCCCGGUUCUUCUGGGUCGCGCCACUUGGCGCCAUGAACUUUUCCGGUUACGAGCUUCUGAGGAAGGCCAUGGGUUGAACCGGCUUUUCGCAUACUGCAUGCGUGAAUAAUUUGCAAGUGUGCCCCUGAAGUUUGAUGAAAUUACGAAAAAGUUGCCUCUUUUGAUUUUUUUUUUCCUUGAAAACUUGUACAUUUAUUGCAUAUUGCAAGUGUGAAGAUGUGUUUGUAAUAAGGAUGAUGGAUAUAUCUUUUUGUAUGAUUCACAUGUUUAUGUGAAUUUCCAACAUUAUUUUUUGUCAUUUCACAUGAAAACCAAUGUGCUACAUGUACAUUUUUCAACUUCUCA